AUGAGCCACUGGCACUGUGCGCACGGCGGCCUCCCCAUCGCGCUGCUCCAGCUGUUCCUGCUCCAGCUGUUCCUGCUCCAGCUGCUGCCGCCGCUGGCCCCUGGGCGCGUAGCGGAGCUCGCGGUGGCGGCGGAAUACUCCUCCAAAACCGACUUGGACUAUGAGUUCGGGGACUACCGGGGGAAGUGGUGCAUCGACGACCACGGUUUCGUCUACGGGAUUGGAGAGGUCUAUUACCCGAGCCCCGCGGCGUGUCCGUGCACGUGCACCUCGGAUGGUCCCAUGUGCGUCCGACCCAAGUGUCCACGCAUCCACCCCCGGUGCACGCGGGUCAGAUAUAAAGCGUGCUGUCCGGUGUGCGACGCUAUGGCCAGGGUCUGUGUGUACGGGGGCAACACUUACCGACUGCUCGAGGAAUUCAGGCUGUCGAGGUGUGAGCGAUGCCGCUGCGAGGCCAACAGAGAGGUGUACUGCAGCAUUUCAGGCUGUCCCGCCCCCCACUGCGUCAACCCCACCUACGAACCCAACCACUGCUGCCCCAUCUGCAAGGCUGGUCCCAACUGCUUUGCUGGGAGCAGGGUGAUCCCGGCAGGGCAGCGUGUCAACAUAGACGAGCAAACCGUUUGCUACUGCACCUACCGGGACGGCACGUGGCACACUCACCCCUACGCCACCUGCGAGCAGCCGCCCCAGCCCAGCCCAACACCUGAUGCCCGCAUUAAGCCAUCCAGGGACGAGGACACCUAUGGGAAAGGCGGGAGAACAUAUAUUGCCAGACUGGAUGCGAUACCAUGA